AUGAGCCUCCCGCCAGACCUCCUGGGGGGGCGCUGGGGCUCGCUCCCCACCCGCCGGCCAUCCAACCUCGUCCGGGUCUUCGUCAGCUCCGCUCCCGCAGACAUGGCUGUGGAGAGGGAGGCCCUGAUGGAGCUGGCUUACCCGGAAGUGGGGUCCCUCUGCCAAAAACACGGCCUGACGUUGGAGGUUGUUGAUUUGAGAUGGGGCAUCCGAGACGGCCCGGGCACUGGCCACGCAGCCACCCAGCUCUUUCUGGAGGAGAUCCGACGCUGCCAGGAACUGUCCGUGGGGCCCAGUUUCGUGGUGCCUUCCCGUGGGAUCACCUGCCGGACGGAGGCGGGGCUGCCCCUGCCUGUUGGCACAGCUUUGGGGCCCGGGCCCUUGGGAAUGGGUGCUCCUCCAGCCCGGCCCCGGAGGAAGCGAAGGGGAAAGGGUCCAGGCCUCCUCGGUGAUGGCCCCUUUCCCGCUCUGCCCCAGGCCCUGCUGGGAAGCCACUACGGCCCCCGCCCGGCCCCUCUGGCCAUCGGGGGGCAGGAAUGGGAGGCCCUGCGGAGGACCCGUCUCCUGGAGGAGCCCCGGACCGAGCUGCUCCUGGCCCAGUGGUACCGGAAGGACGAGAACGCCGUCCCCCCCGCCUACGUCCUGCAGCGCCCGGCCCAGGCGAGCCCCGGAGAACUGGAGCAGCGCUUGGCGCCGGCCCUGCGCAGGGCGGCCUGGGCGGCAGAACGGCAGGGGCUCCUGAGCCGGGAGCAGCGAGAGCCCUGCCACCGGUCCGAGACCCACGGGGAAAUCGAGGCCGGCCUCUUCAGCUCAGGAGGGCGAGGCGAGGACGGAGGUGCCACCGCCGUGGUUUUCUUCAGGGAAGUGGCGGCCGGGGACGACGAGGACGAGGGUGACGGCUCUGGGGACCGGCAGCGGCUGGCCGAGCUGAAGGCGCGCAUCGCCGGCGCCUACCCCGAGCAAGUCAAGGUGCACACGGUGCCGCGCGACGUGGAGCCCGGCGGCCACCGGCGCCAGCCACGGCCCAAGUACCUGAAGGAGCUCUGCCAGCAGUUCGUGGCGGCCGCCAGCCGCCGCAUCCUGGGGGCCCUGCACUCCCGGGAGGAGCCCCUCGCAGGCCCUCCGGGGCUGGCGCAGGAGUCGGCCCACCACGCGGCCCUGGCGCAGGAGCGGGGCCGAGGGCCGUGCUGGCAGCCGGACCUGCUGGAGCGCCUCUGCCGGCACAUGCAGCAGCACCACCUCCGGGACCACCCCCCGCUUCUCAUCCAGGGCCCCACGGGCUGCGGCAAAACGGCCCUGCUGGGCCAGCUGUGUGUGGCGGCGGCGGCCACCCUGGGCCCGGAGACGGCGGUGGUGGUGCGGCUGGUGGGGACCUCUCAGGCCUCCUCCUGGCCGGACGGCCUGCUCCACAGCCUCUGCCUCCAAAUCUGCCUGGCCGUGGGUUUGCCGCCGCCGCCGCCACCUUGCGCCAGGGGGGCCAGAGGCAGCCCACCCCUGCUCUUCCGCCGCCUGCUUCUCUCGGCCUCUCGCCAGGGCGCCCGGCCGCUGGUUGUGCUUCUGGAUGCCGUGGAGCGGCUGGGCGGCCCCGGAGACCCCCCCCUGGCCGCCUGGGUGCCCCGGCUCUGCCCCCCGCGGGUGCACCUCGUCCUCACGGCACAGCAGGAGGGGUGCGGCGCCCUGCUCCGGACCCUCCUGGACCCCCAGGACUCCUUCGAGGUGGGGCCUCUCUCUGCAGAGCGAGCCACGGAGGUGCUGUCCGGAGAUUUGGCCCGGGCCGGGCGCACCCUCCAGCCGGCCCAGUGGGCUGUGUUCCAGAAAAGCUUCCCGGGGGGCGGGCUGGCUCUGCCCGUGGCAUGCGCCACCCGCGAGGCCUGUCAGUGGCCUUCCUACGCCUCGCUUUCGGCCUCGGAGAUUUCGCCCACCGCCUCGGAGUUUGCCCAUCGCCUGUGCGGGCGGCUGGAGGAAGCCCACGGCCCCGUUUUGGUGGCCCACGCCCUCGGCUACCUGGCCUGUGCCCGCUACGGACUCUCAGAAGCGGAACUGAAGGACGUCCUGUCUCUUGACGACCAGGUCCUCUUGGAGUUUUACCAGCGCCCUCCUCCUCCUCCUCCUCCUCGCCAGGGGUUCCUCCGCUUCCCCCCACUGCUCUGGGCUCAGCUGCACCGGGACCUGGCCCCGUGGCUGGAGGACCGGUGGGCCAACGGGUUUGGUCUGCUGGGCUUCCGUCACAGGGAGUUUUCUGCAGUGGUGGAAGAGCGCUACUUGUCCACGCCGGAGGAGCGGGCCCAGCGCCACCUGCUCCUGGCGGAUUUCUUCAGGGGGACCUGGAGCUGGGGGAUGAAGAAGCCCCUCUGGCUGCCUUCCUCCAGCAAGCCUGUGAGCCUUGAUAGGAAGGUGACGCCUCAGCCGCUCUGGUUCUCCAGCGCCUUUCCAAACCGUAGGAAGCUGAGCGAGUUGCCGUUCCAUUUGCUGCAGGCAGGACGGAUGGAGGAGCUACAACGAGAAGUUUGGGGGAACAUGAGCUGGAUCGCCUGCGGAGCUGCUGCCAGCGGGGUGGAGCGCCUGGCUGCGGACGUGGCCCUGUGCCUUGAGCGCACCGGCUGCCCGGAGCUGCGCCUGCUGCGAGAGGCCCUCCUCCUCCUGGGGCCGACCUUGGACGGCACGGAGGGGGCCCGGGGAGAAACGAGCACGGUCUACUCGGAGAUGUUGGCCCGGCUCCAUCCCCUCGCGCCGUCCUACCCGAGCCUCGUGGGGCGCAUGUGCCAGCAGUGCGAGCGAUGGCUGGGGGUCUGGCCCCACCCGGUCCUCGUCCCCCUCUGCGGAUUUCUCUACCCCCCUGGCGGGCCUCUGCGCAGGACGCUGCUGGGAUGCCCUGAAGGCACCUCCGUGCUGGAAUUCUGCCUUGACCGGGGGCUGCUGCUGGCCGGAUCCCUGGACGGCUCCGUGAUCGUGUGGGACCUGGAAGACUUUGCUGUGCGGCACGUCCUGACCGGCCAUUCUGCUGAGGUGCGGUGUGUGAGGGUCUUUGGGGACGGACGGCGCACCGCCUCAGCCGCCCUGGAUCACACCCUGCGCCUCUGGAGCCUGGAGUCUGGCCGGGAGGAACUCUCCAUCUGCCCCGGGGAGCGGCCGUGCCGCCAGAUUCACGUUGACGAAAAGAACCGGCUCGUGUACUGGGUGUCGGAUUCGGAGGUACAGAGCCAGGAGGGGCCCGUCCCCCCGCCGCAAAGCCCCCGUCCCCCCGUGGAGGUGGCUGCCUGGAGCCUGGAGCUGGCCGCCCCUGCCUUCCGCAUUCCCGCUGAGCCCCCGGGCGGCUGGCUGUGCGCCGCCGUCUUCUUGCCGAGGCUGGCGGUGGUGACCGUGUCCGAGAGAGGAGGCCUCGGCCUUUGGGACAGCCUCAGCGGGGAGCUGCGCGCCCGGCGGGGCUUUCCCGGGCUGGGGCAGGAGGCCCCCACGUGCAGCGUGCUGCUCUCAAAGCACGGCCGGAUGGUAGCCGGGUUCAGCGGGGGCUCCCUCUUGGCGGUCUCCUCGGAUGGAAACAGCCUACUGGAGCAGCUCCCAGAGGGUAUCCGCUUUGUGGUGCCUUCGGAAGACGAAUCUCUUCUCGCGGCAGGCUUCGGGCGGCGUGUGAGAGUCUUCCUGGCUGAGGCGAUGGGAUUCCGCCGGCUCCUGGCCUCGGACUUGGUGCACGAGGAGGAAGUUUGUGCCGCCGCCAUUUCGGCCGACAACGGCACCCUCGUCACGAGCUCCGGGGGCGAAUGCAUCUGGGUGUGGCGUCUGUCCCAGGAGGGUUUGCUGGUCGGUGUCUUGGGAGCUGCCACAGGGACGCCCACGACGCUCCUGGCCCUCUCGGAAGCCGCCCUGGUGUCGGCCUCUCGCCACGGACCGGACCUCCGAGUCUGGGACCUCAGCCGUGGGCGCAACCCCCCGCUGCCUCGUUGGAUGGCCGGCCCGGCCUGCGUGGGGCUCUCCCACGACGGCAGGUACAUCUAUUUCCCUCCAACCAGUGGCAGCUGCAACGUGGUCCUUUGGGAUUCGGAGAAAGGGGAGGCGUGGGACACGCUGGACGCCUCGGCCCCGGUGCAGUGCCUGGAGGUGGCCGAACGGCGCCAGCUCCUCUUCGUGGGCGUGGCGUCGGGGACGGUGCUGGUCUUUCCCUUGGACUCCGGGCCCGACGUCGGCUGCAUCCCGCCGGCAGAGAGCCACAAAGCGGUGCGCUGCCUGGCCCUGACGCAGGAGGAGGAGCAGCUGGCCGUCGCGGGCGAGGACCUGGUGCGAGUGCUGGACGUGGGCCGGGGGGAAGCCGGCCUCCUGCUUGACCGGCCUGCCUACACCUUCUACACGCAGAUCCCCGGCGCCGCCAUCUCCAGCCUGGCCCUCUUGGCCGGCUACCGGGUGCUCUACGGGAUGACCAACGGCGAACUCUUCCUGUACCACUGUCCGCAGGGCCACGUCUUCCCCUUGGACGCCCACGGCGGAAGCAGCAUCACCUGCUUAAAAACCAGCCAUGGGGAGGGGUGGGCGCUGAGCGGCUCGGCCGACGCGCUGCGGUGCCUCUGGGACGUGGAGCUCCGCUGCUGGGAACACCAGAUGUUCUUCCGGAAGCAAGACUCCUUUGCGCACGGUGUACUCUGCGCCUGCUUCUCGAGGGACGACCGCUACCUGUUCACUGGCUCGCUGGAUCAGUGCGUGACCGUCUGGGAUGUCUCCCGGGGGGCCCUGCUAGCGGUUCAGUUCGUGCACGCAAAAGUCACCCGGAUCGUGUCUACGGCAGACGGCUUUGUAGCAACCACGAGCCUGGGCUACCUCGUCCGGGAGCGGUUCCGCUGCCCCCCGUCCGUGAGCCCCCGCCACGACCCGCUUGGCAGCCUCCGAGCAACGUGCAGAGUGAAGUCCCGGAAGAGAGAGGGGGAGGAUCCGGCCGACCGGCCAGGUGGCCAGAGGAACACUCCCCUCGGCAGGCCGGGCCGGGCCAACAAACUCUCCCAGAUUUGCAGGAUUGCGUAAAGGACGGCAGGAAGGGGAUCGUUGGAGUACCAGGACCCCCCAGGGUGCGGCUUCCCUGGUCCACCCUGGACUUUCGGGGGAUCAAACCGGCCGAAGCAUUGGAUGGUGGAGGAAGCGUGUCCAUACACCCGGCUACGAGGCGGC